AUGACGCUGCUACCAGUUCUGCCAAAUGAGCUGAUGCUCUUACUAUACAAACACCAGACCACAAUCUCGGACCGUCUAGCGCUGUCUUCAAUCAGCCGCAACAUGCGGUCACUUCUCAUAGACAAUGCCUACACUAUACUCACUGCGGUCUGCAAGAAUGCAGAUCCGCUCUCUGCCGCCAAAAUCCUGGUCAGCAUCAUCUCCAGGACCGCA